UAUAUACAAAAAAGCAUUUUUGUUAGCCCAGAUCACAGAUUUCUUGAGGUGGGCUAAACUACAGCUCAGACAACGUUCUUCACCAACGCAAAUUAAAGGUCUGAGAUUGACAGAUUAUUGGGUGGAUUUGAAGAGAAUUGUCGAUGGGUGGGUCAAAGAUGGAAGGGGGAACCUCUUCCACAACACCUGUGAUUGCAAAUAGAAGAGACCCUUAUGAGGUUUUGAGUGUUUCAAGAGAGGCUUCUGAUCAGGAGAUUAAAUCUGCUUAUAGGAAACUUGCUCUAAAGUAUCACCCAGACAAAAAUGCUAGUAAUCCCGAAGCCUCUGAACUAUUCAAAGAGGUUGCAUAUUCUUACAACAUAUUAUCCGACCCGGAAAAAAGACGACAAUAUGAUAAUUCAGGGUUUGAGGCUAUUGAUGCCGAAGGCGUGGACAUGGAAAUCGACUUAUCAAAUCUCGGAACCGUGAAUACUAUGUUUGCCGCACUAUUCAGUAAGCUUGGAGUUCCUAUUAAGACAACGAUUUCUGCCAAUGUUCUUGAAGAAGCAUUAAACGGAACUGUCACUGUCCGACCCCUUCCAAUAGGAUCAUCAGUUAGUGGAAAGGUCGAGAAGCAAAGCGCACAUUUUUUUAGUGUUACGAUAAGUGAAGAACAAGCUCGAUCAGGAAUUGUUGUUAGAGUUACUUCAUCUGCACAAAGCAAAUUUAAGCUACUUUAUUUUGAGCAAGAUAACGGUGGGGGCUAUAGUCUCGCUUUGCAGGAAGAUAGCGAAAAGACGGGUAAGGUGACAUCAGCGGGCAUGUAUUUCUUGCAUUUUCAAGUAUACCGAAUGGAUUCAACUGUUAAUGCAUUAGCAAUGGCUAAGGAUCCCGAAGCAGCUUUCUUUAAAAGGUUGGAAGGUCUUCAACCAUGUGAGGUCUCGGAACUGAGGUCCGGCACUCACAUAUUUGCCGUUUACGGAGAUAAUUUUUUUAAAACAGCAUCUUAUACGAUCGAGGCUAUAUGCGCCACUACAUAUGAGGAUACGACUCAUAAACUCAAGGAUAUUGAGCAGCAGAUUUUGAGAAAAAGAACCGAGCUACGUCAGUUUGAGACAGAAUACAGACAGGCUUUGGCGCGAUUCCAAGAAGUGACCAAUAGAUACACCCAGGAAAAACAGAACGUGGACGAACUUCUAAAACAACGAGACAGCAUCCAAUCAUCGUUCACAGCAGGUCGGUCUGUGGUUGUCGGUAGUGGGAGUAACGCUCAAGCUAGCAGCAACGGAGGAAACCACACCAAAGCUCCAGAUGGCGGUGACGGUGAAAACAGCAACAGUCCAUAUGAAGAAGGAACCUCGGAUUCCAAAACUAAGAAGAAAUGGUUCAAUCUUAACCUCAAAGGUGAGAGAAAGUCGGUUUGAGAUCAUUUUUCAUAGGUUUGAUUCAAAACUUUAGGACGACGAUUUUAUUCGAUGAAUCUUGUUGUGUCUUGAUGCAUACAAUUUGUUUAUGUUUUUUUUUUGUUUUACUUAUUUAUACAGGGUUUUUUUAUGUUUUUUUAGUACCUCCAUGUGUUUGAUUAAUUAAUUUCAUUUUUUAAA